CCUGUUGCUCUGCUGGAAGCGGAGGGAACAUUUCCCAGCAGCAACUCCAUGCAUCAGCAGGCAUGAUAACUACACACACCCACUUCACACCAUCACCCACAUCUUGCAUGCCCAUCCCCGAGCAGAAGACCCCCGGUACAGCACUCAGGAGCAGGCACGGAUACAACAAGCUGCUUGUGCAUCACUUAAAGACAAUUAACAGAGCUUAACACAGCAAUUUCAGGAGCUUUGCAGUUUGCAGGGGAUACACAAGAUCAUCGUUUAAGUUCAUUUAGAGACUUUAAAAGAAAACGAUGGCAAACUCCGGUAUUCAGCUGCUGGGAUUUUUCCUGUCGUUAAUCGGUAUUGUCGGACUGAUCAUCGGGACUAUUCUGCCUCAGUGGAAGAUGUCCGCGUACAUCGGGGACAACAUCAUCACAGCGGUGGCCAUGUACCAGGGGCUGUGGAUGUCAUGCGCUUUCCAAAGUACCGGACAGCUCCAAUGUAAAAUCUACGACUCUAUUCUGCAGCUCGACAGUUCGCUCCAGGCCACUCGUGCCUUGAUGAUAGUCGGCAUCAUUGUGUCUAUCGCUGGGCUGGGUGUGGCCUGUAUGGGAAUGAAGUGCACCACCUGUGGAGGAAGUGACAAACUACGAAAAUCCCGCAUCGCCAUGACAGGAGGCAUCAUCCUGCUAGUGGGAGGGCUGUGUGCCAUUGUAGCAUGCUCCUGGUUUGCUCACAAUGUGAUCCGGGCCUUCUAUAAUCCCUACACUCCUGUCAACACCAAGUUUGAGUUUGGUGCUGCCAUCUUCAUCGCGUGGGGAGGCUCCCUUCUAGAUGUCCUGGGCGGGGCCAUGAUGGCUGCUUCCUGUCCACGAAAGAAGCAGGUAUCCAAAUACCCAUCUAUGGCCAGUUCCCGCUCCGGCCCAUCGAGCAGCACUAAGGAAUACGUCUGAGAGCUCCCCCUGCAGUCUGGGUGUCCAACAGAAGCCGCUGAAGAAGUUCCCCCUUGUUUCAGCACCAGUAAAGAGUGAAACUGAAGGUGUACGGGCAGUUAUGAGUCAUAGACAGGAGAAUUACUGAAAUGGGACUUUUUCUUUACUUUUUUUCCAGGCAGGCCUUUGAUAACCCUUUGAUUAUCAUGCAGCACUCUCAGUCAUUUCAUGAAUGAUGUCUCUCACCCCAUCCAAACAUUCCACAAUUGUUUACAAUUGGUCUUCACAAAUACAUUAUAAUUGGAUCGCCUGACUUAAUGGACAAGCCCUCAGGGUGUAACCUCUUGAAUCGUAGCCUAAAUGGUGGAUUAUGGCCAACACUUGCACCUCCGUGUCAGAACCAGCAUCUAUUAGCGUUUGCCAUGUAAUUGAAUGCAAUCAAUUCCAGUUUGGUGUCUAGGCUCCGGCUCAGGAGCUCACAACAGAAACACAGGGUGACAAUACGGUGUUUUGUAUCAACUGUUGGUGGUUCUAAAAUAGACAUUACAAUGAGCAGGGUGUGACUUCACACACAGGACACACUGUGUAGGGUGACAGUGCCACACAGGCCUUUUACUACAACACUCACUACAGGCCCUGCAGCUCUUCAUACCAGUCUGUUACAAACCCUGCUCAUAUAUGAAAUAUUUUAUAAUGUAGUCACUGUGCCAUUAUCACUCUAAUAGCUUCCAUAUCAGCCACUAUGAGAUACCUUUUAAACUGCCUCUAUUUAUUUUGUCAAACGCAGGAUGAAGCUUUUGCUCCGUUGUAGAUUUGCAUAAUUGGUAGUUCACUGUGGCCCGAUUCUAGCUUUCAGAGAUUAUAAUGUCAUAUUUUUAUUACAAUGUUUUAUGCUCUGAUCUGUGUCUGCUGUUUUUUUUUAAAUGUCAUAGCUGUAUUUUGUAUACACUUGGCACAUCUAGCUGAUUAUGGUGUACUGAAAAUGACUGGAAGACACUUUUUAACAUGUCCAACAGUACUUAAUAAUAAAGCAACAUUGUUAAUCGUGUGGUGGUCAUGGUAGCUGAUUAC